CGGUCUGUUGUAGUUCGGUAGUGCAUAUAAGAUAUAGAGUUGCCUUACUACUAAAACUAGUAGUAGGAUUUAUCCCGUGCGACUUUCUUUAGGAUUAUAAGUAGGCUGCCAAGCCGUUGCAGCAAUUACAGCCAUGGAGUACAUGGGGCAUACGCAAACUGCGACCUACAUGACAGGUCCUAAGAUGGGCAGCACAUCCCCCACAAGUCUACCCAACAUCAGCACCCAGCAGCAGUCAUACCGGGCAUACGACUCGUACCCCGCACCGUCACCCCUGCGGAGGUCACUAACCACGAUACCGUACCGGCCAAGCACGUACUACAGAACUGCCCAGGUUAACCCCACAAAUCCUUUAGCGAAAUCUAUGCCAGAACCAAUGUCACAGGCGCAUAACCUAUCGGAAUUAGACAGUAUUAAAGUCCCUCCAGUAUUUGCAGCCGCGAGGAAUGCUUUAUACACACGUUAUACACCAAAUGACUGGAAACAAUCUAAUUCUGCCCACUACUUGGGUUCAGAUCGCGUCAGGAGUAGUGCCGAGCGUCUCCGAUUCGAUACCGUCCGGUUGUGCCGCGAGACUGACGACAAAACGAAACGCUCCCAGAGCGAUGUUGGCAAGCGGCUCGGCGAGAGGAUAGGAGAUAUUCAAUUCUGGAAGACGGAGGUCAAUCAUGAAACUGAUAACAUGAUCACUGAGAUCAACUCCCUACAGGAGCAGAAGAGGAUCUUGGAGAAGGCUUUAGCAGAGACGGAGAACCCUCUCCACAUCGCCCAGGAGUGUCUCUAUAACCGAGAAAAGCGGCAAGGUAUUGACUUGGUCCACGACGACGUCGAGAGGCAACUGAUCCAGGAAGUAGACAAUAUCAAACAGUGUCAGAAUAAACUCCGACAGAAGAUCGAUAAGGCCAACAUGCAACUUAGCUUAUGUCGUGCCAGUCAGCACGAACUGGAGAAAGAUGCAUCGGAUAAAUACGUGGCCCAAAACUUAGACGAGAAAUGCCAUAAUCUGAGGAACUCUUCUCGUGGGUUAGCUUAUUAUAACGGCAUCAACAGGGUUGAUAAUACCGUUUCCGUCCCAGAAUCCUGGGCCAAGUUCAGCAACGACAACAUCCAGCGUUCCCAGAGCGAGCGCAACGCCUCCAAGCAACUCCGCAACGACAUGGAUAAUGUCCUCAACAACUGCUCCAAUGAUAUGUGGAGACAAUGGAACAACGUCAAUGUCUCAUUCUCCGAGAGGACCGGAGAGACCACUGAUGCAAGGAACAAGCUGCAGACACAUCUUUCGAAGGAUCUUCAAGAGAUCUUCAACAUGGAGAAGAACAUUGAGAUGCUGAAGAAGGCCAUCCACGACAAGGAGGCUCCCAUGCAGGUCGCUCAGAGUCGUCUCGAGACCAGGACUCACAGGCCCAAUGUGGAACUCUGCCGGGAUCCUGUACAGCACAGACUGUUCAGCGAAGUCUCUGAAAUCUCCGAGACUGUCGAGAACCUCCAGCACCAACUGCGCCAAGCUGAGAACACCCUCCAGCAACUCCUGCGCAGCAAGGCCCAACUUGAGCAUGAUCUCGCAAUCAAGAACAACAGUCUCUUCAUCGACCGGGAGAAGUGCAUGGGCAUGCGCAAGACCUUCCCAAUGUCGCCAAGGAUCGCAUCUUAUUAGAGUCAAUCAACGAACGCAUGACUUUAAGAGCCAUGGGAAAAGAUUAUUAAGAGACAUUUUCAUACGAACAUUUAUUAUUUACAACAUGCCCAACGUACACUUUUUGUAUCGUCACGAUUUGUCUGCUGUAUUUCACUUUCUAACCAUGGCAACCGUUGCCUUGGUCACUAUCGUCUGCUCGUUUGAAAACUUUUGUUACCAUGGUUACGUUCGUUUCUAUCAUCAUCAAGUGCCUUUAAAUGGCUGAUAAUUAUUUAUUAAAGACCAAGUUGCAGUAUUUUCGGUGUUUGGGCAUCAUUGUGUGUCUUUUGUUAUGCUUUUCUGAUUAUUCCGUCCAAACUGUUUGAAACAGUUUACAACCAUCAACAAUCUGUGAUAAUUAGCUGAUGUAUAUCUUAAUAUUAUUAUUGUCAAUGUAACUCUUUACACACUUCCAGUUGAGAUUGCGUUAAUCAUGUGAGUUAGUGUUAUCACUCAGUAGAAAAACUCUUGACCAAAGGACGAAAUGGAUAUCCGUUUCGGACCCGAAUUUCGAAAGUUCUUUCUAGGCGCUGACUUUGGUCCACUUAAAGUUCAGUUUUGUAAAUUCAACCAAAGAUAGUUGCAUUUUAUACUUUGUUCCCAACUGUUAGGAGUUUGACGAAGCGCAAUAGUUUCGAGCAAAAUGUAGAUUUUAGCGAUGCCGUUUUUUGCACAACGCCAAAACAGUAUCUGCCUUAGCUCACCAAAUAUUUUUGGGACUAAAACAUGGAAGCGUUUUGCUAAUAUUUCUUGUAAAUAUGCCUAGUAUAGAAUCCCUCGAGUGAAACCCUGCUUAAAAUUACGUUAUAGAUGCGCACUGCUCUGCCAGAUGCAGAUGGACUUGUCUGAGCUAUUUGAAUGACUUUGCUGUGAUAUUGUAGCGAGCGAGUAGGCCCGGUGGGGUAUGACUAGACUGAGUACAAGACGAUACUGAGUACAAGUGUGACUUGUUUACUUGUUAUAUCAAUUUUAUUAAGCGUGAUGCUGUUUAGAAUGUUAAACUUGUAAUGGAAUUGUAAAAUUAAUCUCCACGCAAAGCUGAAUAACCCAUCUAUGCCUGGAGUUUGAAUUUCAAGAAGACUUGUCUUGUUUUAAACUGCUGUGUAAACCGUUUUCCAAUGAUUCGAGUGCUAGUAUAGGUAUUUAUAUGUAUUAUGGCUUGAGUAUGUCACUAUGGUUACGUACUCAUUGAACAGUCAGCAUUACGCACCAUGUCGAAAUUAUCUUUUUCAUAAUGAAUUAUUUGAUUAACAAUUUCAAUAACUUUAAUACUGCAUGCCAAUGUGUACAUAUCGGAUUUACAAAUUUAAAAUUAAUCUGUUUGCCAGGUGCUGCUGCAUGAUUCUCUCGGGGCCAGGGUUGAUUGUCCGGGAGAGUGGUUGAGAAUAAGCGUUGCCCCGGUACCUCUAAAUUGUGAGGGAGCGCGCAUAUUUUUGAAGUCAAGCGAUGCGACGAGGACCAGUUCAAGUCUGGUUUCGUUCUUUCCCCUUUGGCUAUACGUACGUCUAAAAAUCGUGCUCGUUUUGCCUCACCUCUGUAUCAUGAUAAACUCUCUGCGAACAGUGACCUCGGUCUGUUUCCUUUUUGAUGGUUUGAAUCACUUGUUUUUCACAAUAAAGUUUUCAUAGAAACAAAAA